AUGGGUCCACUCGUUGUACUGAUGUUUCUGGCCACUGUGAUCCAUCCAUCUACAGGACUGAAUUUUACACUUUAUAGCAAUUUGUUCACCAUGAAAGCAGAGGUGCAAAAGAAGAUCCUUGAAUGGCACAAUAAUAUAAGAAUCCCAAAGGCUAGCAAUAUGCUGAAAAUGGAAUGGAGUAAUGAAUCUGCUUCAAAUGCUCAAAUGUGGGCAGAUAAAUGCAAUAUGGAAAAUAGUGAGGUUUCUAAAAGAACUACUAAUGGUACAGUAUGUGGUGAAACCUUAUUUAGAUCAAGUUUUCCUGCCUCCUGGGAUGAUGUCAUCCUUGUUUGGGAACUAGAGAAAAAGAAUUUUAUUUAUGGAGUAGGGGCCAUCAACAAACGUGGCCAUUAUCUUGCUUACACUCAGAUGAUCUGGUAUAGAACUCAUAAAAUUGGAUGUGGUGUUUCCCUGUGCCCAAACGAUGCAUAUAAAUACUUUUAUGUAUGCCAAUACCGUCCAGUAGGGAAUAAAGUCUCUUCAUUAGCAACCCCCUACAAGAAAGGUGACAGAUGUGCUGACUGCCCUCAUUCUUGCCAAAAUGGACUCUGUACCAAUCCUUGUCAGUAUGAAGAUAAAUAUUCAAAUUGCCAAGAGUUGAAAGAUAAGCUUACGUGUAACUUGAAUGAAGUCAAGCUUUAUUGUAAAGCUACAUGCAAGUGUACCAGUGAAAUAAAAUAG